AGGCACUUCCAGCAGGAACAUUCUAAGAGUCCUUUUCUCACUUUCUACCUGAUGGCAGUGGGAACAGCUAUGCUGGGCAAAGAAAAGGGACUGCCCCGACGGUGGGUUAGAGCUUCCUGAUCACAGCAGAGUCAGGCUCAGGCGUACCUCACUUGGAAGAGGACCUGUGCAACACAGAUUCAAAACACCCUUUUUUGGCUUCUUUCCAAUCCCCCCAGCUCACCAAAUCCUUGCCCUGGAAGAAUAAAAUCACAAUAAGUUUAAGCUCUUCCUGGCUCCCUUUAUCUGGGCCUAAUGAACAUAUUUCCGUUGAUUAAGAGGUUUCCUCUUACUCGACCCAGUCUUUGUAAAAAAUGGGAGGCAGCCGUCAGAAGGAAGAACUUUAAGCCCACCAAGUACAGCAGCAUUUGCUCAGAACACUUUACUCCGGACUGCUUUAAGAGGGAGUGCAACAACAAGUUACUGAAAGAGGACGCUGUCCCCACAAUAUUUCUUUGUACUGAACCACAUGACAAGAAGGAAGAUCUUCCAGAGCCCCAAGAACAGCUUCCCCGCCCUCCUUCAACACCCCCCGUUUCCCAGGUUGAUGCUGCUAUCGGGUUACUCAUGCCUCCUCUUCAGACCCCUGAUAACCUCUCCGUGUUCUGUGACCACAACUACACUGUGGAGGACACCAUGCACCAGAGGAAGAGGAUUCACCAGCUCGAACAGCAAGUAGAGAAGCUCAGAAAGAAGCUCAAGACGGCACAGCAGCGGUGCAGAAGACAGGAGCGGCAGCUGGAGAAGCUAAAGGAGGUCGUGCACUUCCAGAAGGAGAAAGACGACGUCUCCGAGAGGGGUUAUGUGAUUCUACCAAAUGACUAUUUUGAAAUAGUUGAAGUCCCAGCAUGAAGAGUGAAGUUUGUGUUGGUGUGCAAUGGGGCAAUACCACCUACCCUCUUCUAGCCUGUAGAGGAGUUUCAUUUGAAAACAAUUACACUUGGUCACUUGUAUAAAAACAAUUCAGAAUAUUUUUUUAAAAGAAUAAAUUAGAUAUAUACUGUAAAAUUGUAAAUGUUU